AUGGAUCUCGAACCAGGCACUUCGACACUAAAUGAAAAACGAAGUAAUAGCAAGGAAACAUCGACAAGUUCUGACUAUUUCCACGUGCCGGUCAACACGGACAACGACAUUUUGGGGUGUUGCUUGGCGGGAUUUUUGGCACUUGGCACGGUUCUUUGCGCAUCGGGAUGUGAUCAAAAAUCCGCCAAAUGCAUGAUUUUUUUGUUAUUGCUGGGUUUCGGAUUGAUCUCUUGUUGUAUUUUGAUAAUUCUUGGCGCCUAUAUUUUACCGCAUCACUUAUUGAAACCGAAACAUUUCAAUGAAACAGAAAGCUUUGCGGAUCCGGGAAAUUUUACGGGCAAU